CAAGUUGACACAAUAAAGCAAUUUAAAUUUCAGUAACGGAAGUUAGUGUUGAAAUAUUGAUUAUAAUUGAGUUAUAUUAGUGAUGGAUUAAUAAAAAUAGUGAGAGUUGGAAUAAUUGAUGGAGAAGAAAUCGUAGAGAGGUUUUUGCAAAAUGGGAAAGUUAAACAAACUUGAAAUUGAAUUUGACAAUUCCAAAAUUGUGUGUUAUGCGGGAGAAACUCUUAAAGGAACUGUAGUAAUCGAUUUAAACGGCACCUUAAAAAUUAAAGGAAUACGGCUUCGUUUCCAUGGUUACGCCAGUGUUCACUGGGUAGAAAGAUACUCAUCAGGAACUGGAAAGAAUAAACGAACCGUAGCGAAACACUUUGAUGCCGUUGAACAGUAUUUUGACCAUUCAGCAUACGUUUUUGGUGCCAACAAAGCAGAGACACAUUAUCUUCCACAAGGAGUGCACAAAUUUCCAUUUGAAUUCUUUGUACCAACUGGCUGUCCAACUACAUACGAGGGAUCCAUUGGACGUGUUAGGACAUACGUCUCCGCUACCCUUGAGAAGCUAUGGGUAUCUGAUAUAUCGACCCUGAAACCUUUCACUGUCAUUAAUCCACUGGAUCUGAACAAAGACCCUCGCGCUAAGGAAAAAUCCGAAGCCAUCAACGAAGCAACGUUUUGUUGCUUGUGUUGUAAGUCCGAUCCGAUUAGUGUCAAAAUAUCCGUUGAAAACAUAGGAUUUGUUCCGGGUCAAGCUAUUCCUAUAACUACUGAAGUAUUAAAUCUAAGUCGGAGAAAGAUUUCUGUCAUUAAAGCGUACUUGCACAUGAAUGUUCGAUAUCAUACCCAGAAGAAGUCAAAGACACACCAGAACGUAAUAGCCGCUAUGAAAAGAAAAGUGUCAAAGUCGCAUGAAGCUGAUGUCCUUCAGAAUAAGCUACUGAUACCGUCCAUCCCGCCUUCAUUUCUUAAUGGCUGUAAUAUAAUUGAUAUUUCUUACAUUUUGGAAGUGAUUAUACAACCAUCGGGAUUAGCCUUUGAUAUACCCGUCAGAAUGGAACUAAUAGUAGGGACAUAUCCAAUGGAAUCAACAAUUCGGUCAUUAACUCAGUCCACCAUUAUAUCGUCUAGUCCAAAUGAAGAGAAUCACAUACAGAAAAAGGAAGUAAAAAAUGGCUUAGUUGUAUCUACAAAUCCAAAAAGCUGUAUUUCGUUUAUGGAGAGUGUUAUCGGAAAGGUGACUAUUGAAGACGAAGAAGAAUCAGACAAUAUAGAAGAUAAAAUUGUUUACACACCAGUAUAUCCCUAUUUUAGUGUUCAACAGAGUACGGACAUAUUCUGCGUUGAUAUACCUCCACGAUAAUGGGUAGCGUUAGUGAGUUAUUUUUCAAAAUUGAGGAGAUUAAACGGUUUCUUUAGAAGUAAAGAUAAACGCACCGUCGGUACAGUUCGAGGAAUUAUAGUAUUAUAUGUGAUCGGUAUUCUAUCUUUGUAUAUUGGAACGGGGUUUGUGUUGCUCCUACUCAACAAGCAGUUUUCGAGGAAAUCGUCUGUGUAUGAUCAGGGGUUCAGUUCUGGUCUUGUCUAAUUGAUAUAUUUGUUUUAAUCAGCAAACUAAUAAACGCACUAAAACUGAGACUGCAUUUCUGCCCAGCUAUUUUAAACUUUAGAUCUGAUUGGAUUUUAAUGUUUAAAUGUGUUUAUAAACAUGUAUUUGGCUUACCGAAAUUUUGUCUCACGCAUACCUGAUGAAAGUUGCACUGAAAAAAGACACCAAAAGCCAUCAGAAAAUAUUCAUUGCCGCAAAAGAAUAUGUAUUUUCACUAAAACGAAUAUUUUCUGGCAAUGGGAUUUGUAAACAUGGUAAAGGAGUCACGAAAAUGUGUAUGUGUCAGAUGUCCAUUCGUUCUGGAAUUUAGUAUUUGAAAUAUACCACUGUGAUGAAUGUUUGUAGAGGAUACAUCAGCAUUUGUUAAAAUAUUCACUUAAUAAUAUUGUACAUCAUUGAUUUCAUUUUGUAAAUAUAAAAUGGCAUUUUAUAAUUCAACACUUUUUUUUAUCAUUGUUAUGAACUAUAAUAUAUCUAUUUAAUUAUAUUUAAUUAUUUUUAAUGAUUGUUAUGUCAUUUAUUAAAGCAAGAAAAGAUUUA